AUGAGAUUAGCUAAAGUUGAUAAUGUCAACAACAUCACUCAACUAAAGAAGCCAUUGGUUUCAUCAUCGAUGACUGCUUCAAAGUCUGCGACAACAACAACACAAUCAUCAACAGCUGUCAACAACAACAACAAGGUGCCAAAGAAGCCAUCACCAAUCAAGAAUGCUGUUCGCAAGUCUACAUCAAACAACAACAACAUAGAUACAACAACAAUAUUCUUUAAGGAUAUUGAGUCUCUAAAGAAGGAUGGCAAUGCUCAGAAGGGCAAGGAGGUCAAAUCCCUCGCCUCCUACUACGAGAACCUCAACUCAUCCUCAAACAAGAUCGCCAUCGCUAAGAAGAAGUCAAUCAUCCCCACCACCAAACCAACAACCACUACAACCUCAACAACAACCACGACCAAGUCCACUGCCACUGUUGUGCCAACAGCAACAACAAAGAAGAUUGAGACGACUCAGCCAACACAAGUACAAACACAAACACAGAGGCCAGCAACUCCACAACCUCCCUCAAGAUUGAACGAGAGCUCGGGAGUGCCAGAGGUCAUAGAGGUGAUGCGCGAGACUGUGGACAUCUACCGCAACAAGAUCGUGGAGCUGGAGAAGCGCUUGGAGGCUGAGGCCGCCGCCACGAGAUCACUCAAGCAGGAGAUGUUGUUGAUGAAUGAGCAGCACACGUACGAGGUGGAGCGCCUGCACCACGCCGUCGACAUCAAGGACGACGAGAUGGCCAAGCUGCGCGAGCAGAUGGAGACCAACAACUACUCGAUGCUGGACGUCGACCAGCUGACCGAGAACCUCGACGAGAAGAACGAGCGCACCCAGGAGCUGGAGCAAGAGCUGCUCGAGGCCGACGAGCUGUGCUACGAGCUGCGCAGGGAGAAGCAGAACAACCUCGAACUGAUUGGUCAGUACAGAACUGAGUUGCUCGACUGCCAGACCCUGGUGGCCUACUACCAAGACGAGCUCGGAAAGAAGUCCGCCGAGAACAACGAGCUGCAUCGCAAGACCCAGCAACAAGCCGAGGAGAUCAAGGCCUACAAGCACAAGAUUCAAUCAUUCCUCGAGUUGCUCGAGACUCAACAAGACCUUAAGCAGCAGCAGCAACAAGUGCAGCAAGUACAACAGGCCAAGACACCAUCAAAGAAGGAGAACAGCUCAACACUGUCCAACAAGGUACAUACACCAGUGUCUGCCACCAAGAAGAAGAAGUCAGCGUCAUCAUCGACAUCUUUGUCUUCGUCCCAGCUCAUUGGCAGCGGCUCCGUCAACAGCAGUUUGUCCUCAUCAAUGUCCGAGAGAAGUAUUCACGUGUUCAAGUCUCCAAUGUCAAGGGCCAAGACACCAAAGAAGGUGAUCAGCUCACCAAGAUCCAUGGUUGACUACAUCUAA